CUGCAAUACCAGAAACUCAAGAUAGAAGAUUUGAAAAAGACUUCUUCUGAAGAAGAAAAAGAUUUCUAAUUUCGUUUUCAGUUGUAAAGAUAGUUGAGUAGCCUGGAAUGUGAGUAAUGAUCUCUAUCAGUCCUUUGGUUGUGUUGUAGCACAUAAUUCUCAUACUGUACCAUCAGCUGCUGCUGUCAGGUAGUUCAACUGCAAAAACCGGUUUCUCACACAAACGCUCAUCAUGAGAAAUGAAAAUGAAAGAAUUCAAAUAAAUACAGACACACUAUACAUGGUGUUAAGUUUAUCAUGAUGUUAUGCUAGGGCAACAGGUCAAAAAGGUAAACAGACUCCACCCCAGAGAUUGAACAUUAUAAAUGAAAUUUCCACAAUAGAUAAAAAGUCUACAAGACGACAUCAGGACUGAAGUGUCUCUCAGACAGGUUGUGCAGAGAUGUCUGGGUUGGCUGCAUUGUGUCUCCUGCUCCUGCAGACUGGAGCUUUCGGGUUUGAAGUCAUAUUCGCAGGAGAUUCUCUGAGUCAUCAGGAUAUCACUGAAAGAGCGAUCUUAAACGCCACCGUGCAGGUGUGCCGCGCUGUGGCCCUGGCUGAGGGCAAAGGCUUCACAUUUCCUCCACCGCCUUUUACUGCUGAGUCUGUUGCUGCUGCCUGUCAAGCGUCAAAAUCAUCCAAGAGCUUCCGCCAAACCAUCAAUUUAAUCCAAUCCCGCAAUCAACUAGUAGACCUUCGUCAUGCCUUAGACUCAAGCUAUCACUUUGACAAUGAGAAUUUUGCUGAGGGAAGGAAAAUCAUCACAGAAGGAUUAUCAGCUGUGAAGGCCAGCAACAAGCGAGGGAACUUUGACGCUGCGAGAGAAACACUGGGAGUAAUCUUACACCCUUUACAGGAUUUCUACAGUCAUAGUAACUGGGUGGAAAUGGAAAACAAAUUCCCAAACUCCAAUCUGAUCAGAUCAGACACCAGCAUUGGUAACAUUGCAGCUAAAAGUAGAGCAACCUGUCGCAACUGUAAUGGAAACGACUGCACGAACAACAUUUUGGAGGACAUCCUACGGGCAAAGAUACUGACCUCGGGAUAUUUUGGUGCUGUGCCUUUUUUCUCUACCAAACCAAACGGAAAAUGCAGCCAUGGAGGUUUUUUUGAUCAAACAAGUGGGAUCCAGCCUAAAGGUGGGAUCAACAAAGACAAGUUGAGCUCCAGUCAUGGACAUCUCCACAUUAAAGCAGCAAAUAUGGCGAUGGCUGCAACCAGUGAGCUACUACAGGACAUUCGAGGGGCCGCUGGUGACAGACUAUUCCUAUUGAUGAUGGGAAUCUCCAGAGGAUCCAGUAAAGCUCUUGGUUUCGCAAUCAACAUGAGAGGAAGCAUGAGUGAUGACAUUGAAGCAGUGAGGACCGUCACUUCCUCUAUAAUCAACAGUAAAGCGAGAAGAGAGGAUGAACCCUCACUUUACAUUCUUGUGCCUUUCAAUGAUCCAGAUUUUGUGUCGCUGACAAAGACUACAGACCCAGAAGUGUUCAAGACUGCUAUUAAUUCACUAUCAGCAUCCAGUAGAGGAGAUCUGAAGGAACUGAGUCUUUCAGGGCUUCAGCUGGCUUUAAGUAGUGCUCCUUCAAAUUCUGAGAUCUUCGUCUUCACGGAUGCACCUGCUAAAGACACACACCUGAAAAGCACAGUGAUUGCUCUCAUAGAGCGGACCAAGACAGUGGUGAACUUCAUGAUUACUAACAUACCGGGAUUUCGUCGUCGAAGACAGAGUGGUAACGACCAACAACAACGACGCAGUCAGAUGUCAGAAUCAGAUGCUCAGCUGUACAGAGACCUGGCUCAGGCUUCAGGAGGUCAGGCUAUUGAAGUCACAAAGAGUGAGCUCCCAGUGGCCACCCGCAUCGUAAUAGAGUCCUCCAGCUCCUCUCUGGUGACCCUUCUGCAGGCAGCCAGGAAUCUAGGAAAGGCAGAAAAUUUCACCUUCACAGUUGACGAGUCAGUAAGAAACCUCAAUAUUUACAUCACUGGGAGCUCUGUCAUCUUUACUCUCAUCAGUCCCUCAGGUGAAUCUCAGCAAAGCACCGACACAACAGGAUCAUUGAUCACUGCAUCCCAGUCAGUGGGAAAUUUCAAGACUCUGCACCUAAAAACACAAGUGGGACUGUGGGAAAUUAAAAUGGUGUCAACUAAUCCCUACACUCUGAAGGUCAUGGGUGAGAGUCCCAUUGACUUCCUGUUUGACUUUUUGGAAGUAUCGCAGGGCCUGUUUGGAGGUUUUCAUGUUGUAGACAAUCGUCCCAGAGCUGGUGUUAAUGGUAGCCUGUUGGUGACGGUAACCGGGAGUGACUCCGCCACCGUGACAGAAGUCAUUCUGGUUGAAUCAUCGGGGUCAGGAGAGGUUAAUGGCAGCGUGGAGGCUCAGGGUGGACAAAACUUCUUAGUUCGGUUUGACAGGAUACCAUCACAGGUGUUUGUGGUGCUCGUGAAGGGGCAGAACAGCAAUGGUUCCUCCGAGUCCUCAGUGAUCUUCCAAAGGCAGUCACCCACCAACAUCAGAGCGUCUACUCUAACUGUUACUGCUGUUGAUUCAAAUAGCAUCUUAGUACCAGGAACACCACUUUCUGUUCCCUUCUUGGUGAUGACCAGCGGUGUGGGAGGAAACUUCAGCAUCCAAGCCACCAAUGACCAAGGUUUUACUUCAACUUUCCCGUCCAGUUUAUUCCUGGAAACUGGAGGCAGUGCUACCGGUACAGUGAAUCUCACAGCACCUCUUAACACCCCGUCUGGUACUGACGUCACCCUGACACUUGAGGCAGAGGCUCCGGGAGGCACAGACACCAACUAUGUUGUGCUGCGUUUCACUGUCCUUACAACGGUGACCGAUUUCACUCAGCCGGUGUGUCAGCUGCUCAGCCUGCAGUCCCACUGCUCUGAUGAUUGCAGCUUGUCUAUGUGGGAGCUCUCUGUUCAGGUGACUGAUGGGGCUGAAGGGACAGGUAUUAACCAUGUUAGCCUCAGACAGGGCAACGGGACCAUGAAAAGCAGCCUGGCCGCUGGCAACGAGAACAUAAAGCCAGUUUCCUACAGUGCGUCUUGCUGUUCGCCUGAUGUGGAGCUGCUGGUUGUGGAUCAGGUGGGUAAUGUAGGCUCCUGUUUCUACAGCGUCAGGAAUACAGCCACCAACAACUCACAAGCCGUGACCAUCACUACAACCACCAAUAGCUCACAGCCUCCAGUAGCAGCAGGUCUUGUGUCUUCGUCUACCAGAGCUGUUCAGCCUUUUCUUCUUUGCCUUUGCUUCACGAUCCUAGGGCUCAAUUUACCAUUUGAAAUGGGGAUCAACUGAGUGUUUACAUGUUAGCGUGGAGAAGCAUUACGUUUUAAAAAGUUCUUUUGGCUUUGGAAAAUCAACUGCAUACUCAGUUGCCAUAGGUACACAUAGCUAAAACUAAUGCAGUCCAAUACAACAGCCCUGCAAUAAAUCCUGUGAAUUUGUUUUCUAGACCUGAAAAGUGCUCGUUUUGUAUGACCAACACUCAAAAACCUAAAGAUAUGCAAUUAAGAAGCCAGAAAUGGGGAAUGUUUGACAUUUUUGUUUCAUGGCACUGGCCAGUACCAUGAUAAAACUGAAUAUACCAUCCAUUACCAUCAUUAUACCAUGGUAGUUUUUUGUAAAGGAAGGUUACAAUGUUCAGUUUUUAUUGAAAGCAUUUUAGAGAGGUAUAAUUCAACAUUAUGGUCAUUUUGGAGGCUGUAGUUUGUUGUGUUGUUGAAUUGUAUUGUAUUAUACUGAGAGGUGUCUAACAUUUGGGCUAUGCUCGUUGAUAUGAAUGGAUUUAGCUUUGUGAACCUAAUCACCUGGCAACUGAGUGUAUGUUCAACCGGGUGAUUAAUACUACUGUAAAAUUAAUGUUAAAUUCUUUAAGCUAAGCAAUAUGUUAACCACAUGCACUGUAUGUAUUACAGGGUGCCUUUGUAAGACUUAAAAAAAGCUUAAUUGGGUUGUGAAUUUGUUAUGAUUAAGACAUAGGCCAUGUGAACAUGUCAAUUUAAUUAUGAUAUCUCAAUCAAUGAUCAUGCAUUCAUAUUUUGAGUACUACUGCCGAUAUUAAGUUGUGGAACAGUAUUGUUGAUUCAAUGAUUAGAUUUAUUUGAUAAUUUAAAAUUAUAAAUACACCUGAGGUUUGCUUCUUACACAGGUGAUUAAAAAACAUGAUGACACAUUAAACCUAAUUUAAAAAAAAUUGUCCUCUGUGGUUCUUUUGGGAGAGAGGUGUAUGGCAACAGCUGAGGGAAAGAAAGGUGACCUACCAGUGUCAGAUUACAUUGCAUCAUCAGAGGGUAACAGCUAUAUUAGAUAUCCACAUAAUUUCUAACAAAUAAAUACCAUUCAAUAAACCUAUUUGUGUAGUAUUGCAUAGAUUGGAUAUCUGUAGGUCCAGCAUCAAUCUUAGGAAUGCAGCAACAGGUGAUUAUUCACAUUAUAAAAAUUAAACAUCAUCAUUGGUUAUUAUCACCAAAACGUGACAAAAUUAACAAACACUAGUCCGUACAUAAACUGCAGGUUAGAUUAGAUAACAUCAUAAACCAGUUUGCUCACCCAUGCACAGUGAUAAAUAACAAAAAAUACACAAGUCAGACAAGUUACAGCAGACAAUGUAUGAAAAACAUACUGCCGCAACAGUAGUAACACUAACACACAAACUAACAGAUAUUCCAAGAAGACAUUAGUGUAGAUCAGGAGCUCACAUAGUCGCUAAACAAAAACAAUUCAACAAUUUAAAACAUUUUUGGAGCUUGACACACACUAAGAACUAAAAGUCAGGAUAUCUCGACCUCUGCUGCUUCGAUUUUAAAAUUUCUGACAUUGGUACUUUGGUACAAACAUUCGUGAUAAAAAACAGGAUGACCUUGAAACUGAAGUAUGGUUUCAACUCUCCUCCUCGUUCUUUCCUUUCAAAACCGUCUGUAAUGAAUCAGAGCUCAAACCAAUUAAAGAACCAGAGCUUUUAAUAAACUUGUUAAUCCCGUUCCUAUCAUUGGCAGUAAUGGUAGUAAUGAUAGGAACAUAGUUAGGGUUAUACUUAAGUUUAGGGGUCACAACAGUGCAGCACUUGAGCAAGGCAGCUAACUUUGAGGGCCACGUUGGUGGACUAAAAGUACUUUGUGAUCACUUGUGUUGAACAGACACUUGAACCAUAGAUCGAGUGCCCUUGAUCAGUAUAAGUCAUUGUAUAUCAUUAGUGUAAAUCAUCAAAAAAUGCUGUUUUGCUCUUCUCACCUAAUCAAUGGUUUGGUCAGACCAAAUCACUAUUGAUCAAGACAGAUUAAAAGAAGAAAUUUUAAAAUCGGAGCAGCAGAGGCCGAGAUAUCCUGACUUUUAGUCAGCUAAACCACUGAAAUGUUGGUGCUGAAAACUCACAGUUGCAUUGUAAGUUAAUUGAGCAGCUGGAGAGAGAGAGGAAUGUUAUCUGUACUUAAUAUCAACAACCAGUACAACUACAAGGAAGCUUAUCAAUCAUGUCAAUCUACCUGUGGUUAUAGAGGACAACACCGGACGCAACAGGUUUGCUUCUAUCUACAGAAAUCUUAAAUGAACUACCCAUUGUUCAGCUACAGUACCUGCCUGCCUGCAGGGUUUGCUUUCAUUAGUGUCAAUGUGUGUUUUUCUUUUACUUUCUUUCUUUUUUUUCAUUAAGAAGAAUGUAUGUCAUGCAAAAGACAUGCCAACAACCAGCAGGUUUUGUAUUGUCACUCCCAAACAGAAAGUGAGUACAUCCGUGUACACAGCAGACACAAACCUUACUGGAAAAUGUUUAACUACCACUAUCUGGGAUUCAUCGGGUAUUAUUUCAGAUGUUUAAGUUUCAUUAAGUAACCAGUCUUUGCCAGGUCUAGCUUAGUGUAAAGUUUUUUCAGAAAUUUAUUUAAAAUUCAACAGAGCCCAAUCAUUCCUGUUUAACCAAUUAUUCUGAAAAACAAAGACAAAAUAAUCUGGAAAUACAGAAAUCAGAUUUACCAGAAGUCAUAUAGAUUAUUACACAUUUUAGCUAUAGCAAUAACUACAGCAGUCAGAUUCCUGUGUUUUUCCUUAAUGGACAAAGAUUUGGUUUCUGUUCCUUCACAAUGUUGCAUGGGAAAACUCAUCUUUGCAUCAUGAACUUUUCUAAAGGUUUCUGUUAAAGCCUUGUUUCCCCUCCUCUAUUGUUGUGCCCACUUCAGUUGCCUUUUCCCCUGUUGUGUUUUCUGCCUUGGAGACAUUAUCAACUCCCUCCUCUUACAAACACAAGGGAUAUUACUUGACCUUGUUGCUUUUGUGUUUAGUCAUCAUUAUACUGAGUCAGCUGUGUACAUUGCUGCCAUCUGUCUAAAGUUAAAAAGAGUUGCACACAGUGACCUAAAGAAAUAAACAAUUUAAGCAUUAGAAUACUCCUCAGAAAAUCCUGAUAUGAUUAAAAAAGAAACAGAGAUGUAUAUGUAUCAUCUUUCUCUCGUGCUAUUUCUUGAAAAAGAAAAUGCAGCCAUGGAGGUAUAUUUGAUCGAACCAGUUACAUCGAGCCAAAAGGUGGGAUCAACAAAGACAAGUUCAGCUCCAGCCAUGGACACCUCCACACUGAUGCAGCAAAUAUGGCGAUAGCUGCAACCAGUGCGUUACUACGGGACAUUUGAGGGGCCGCAGGUGACAGACCAUUCCUGCAGUAUGAAACCCAUUCUGCAUGUUUCAGUUAUGUACUGUAAUGAGGUGUCGAGUAGUUCAAAGUUUUUUUUCAUCUCGCCAUCCCUCAGGAUGAUGGGAAUCUCCAAAGGAUCCAGUAAAGCUCUUUGUUUCUUGAUCGACACAACAGAAAGUGGGAACAGUGGAUGAGCCCUCACUUUACAUUCUUUCACAACCUUUCGGAUGCUACAAAUUAGUCAAAUUAUCUCUUUGCUCAUUCUGUCCAAUUUAGAACAAAACAAGCAUCAUCUAGGUGCUUGUUUGCAAAUUGUGAAAGUAAAUCAGGUGAAGAAUAAAAAUGUUUCUUUUUCUUGUCUCCUAAUGAACUUCAGGAUUUGGGCCGCUGAUAAAGACUACAGACCCAGAAGUAUUCAAGACUGCUAUUAAUUCACAUUCAUCAGCGUCCGGUGGAGGAGAUGAGGAGGAACUGAGUCUUUCAGGGGCUUCAGGUGCUGUGAUGUGUGGCUCAAAAUCUGCCCCAAAACACUUGUUGAUGUGUAAACAACUAAAACUAUUCUUGCUAUUCCAUACCUUCUUCCUCAUAUAGCUGGCUUUAACUAGUGCUCCUUUAAAUUCUGAGCUCUUCCUCUUCACGGAUACACCUGCUAAAGACACACACCUGAAAAGCAGUGAUCGCUCUCAUAGAGCGAGCAAGACAGUGGUGAAUAUCAGCAAAGCACCGACACAACAGGAUCAUUGAUCACAGCAUCGCAGUCAGUGGGAAACUUCAAGACUAUGCGGCUAAAAAACCAAGCUGAACUAUGAGAAAUGAAAAUGGUGUCAACUAAUCCCUACACUCAAGGUCAUAGGCUGAUUCAAAUAGCAUCUUGGUACCAGGAAAACCUUUCUCUGUGAUGACCAAUGGAACAGGGGGAAACUUCACCAUCCGAGCAACCAACAACUGACGUUUUGACUCUCCAACCAGUUUAUUCCUGGAUACUGGAAACAGUGCUAAUGGGGACUGAUUUCACUCAGUCGGUGUGUCAGCUGCUCAGCCUGCAGUCCAACGGCUUUGAAAACUGCAGCUUGUCCAUGUGGGAGCUCUCUGUCCGGGUGACUGAUGGGGCUGAAGGGACCAGGACCAGGUGCACCAGCUGCUAUCUCUGUGUCCACCAAAGUCACUCAGUCACCCCUUCUUUGCCUAAGCAUCGUGGUAUUAGGGCUGCAUAUACUGACAGCACUGGGCAUCCAGAGACUACAUGUCAAAGCUGCAUUAAUCUAUAUUAACAUUGAAUCAAUUACUAUGUGUACUGUGAAAAGGGUUAAUGGCAAUCCAACAACUUUAAGCUGACUGUGCAUUUACUCUACGGUUCAGUAUCACUGGUCUUAUCAGUACAGUUUACAGCAAACAACUGAUAAGAAGAGUUGCAACAUGAUUGGAAUCCGACAGACCCGACAAUGGAUUAGAAGAUUCUCCCUCUUUCAUGCAUGUUUCAUUCAAGACGGUCAUAUAUUUUGGGCUUCACACGGACAUGGACAUGGAUGCAGAAAGUACAAACUGUGCUGAAGUAGGCAAUUGUUUGCCAAUUUAUUAUCCAUAUAAACUGUAUAAGUUAAUGUUGAGGCUUUGUGGCUCUCAGCUUGUUCUGGAUUUUUAUCUGCCCCCUAAAACUGAUUAAUGCAGCUUUACAUCUCAAACAGAUUUUCUGGCUAUGUGCAUGCGUCACUGGUUGCUUAGGCUUAUUACUGCUGUUAUAAAGGUAUUUUGUCCUCUGAAAGAUGCCUUUUAUGCUCUGCCUGCUAUUCAUUGAAUGUAUUUCUUUCUGUUCAUGAGCCAAACUAAAUCCUAAAGUUGAACAGAGAAGUCCUGCAUACGCAGAUUGGGAUAGUCAAACACCAGCUGGUCACUGUGUAGCCUCUCACAUUUGAAGGUUGUCCAGCACCUCUAUAUGGCAUGUGAUCAUUUCUCAACAGGAAAUUAACUUCCGAAAUGUUGUUUCAACAGACGGAAGAGGCAGACGGGUUUUUGUUGUUUUUUUUAAAAAACACUGUUUUUAUUGUUGUCAAUGUGUCUAAUGUAUAAUCCUUUACAGAACACACAACGUUUUGCUUUUCACAUUUUGCUACAAGUUCAACAAUUUUUCUCCUGUUUCCUUUUAUCACUAUUUACAUUUUGAGAAGUUUUAAUAUAAACUGGUCAGUGAUCAUCUGAUAUGGAGGGCGAGGCAAAUACAUGUGUUGAUGUAUGCUUGCGUGGUGUGCAUCUUUUAUGGUGAUGUGUGUCUGUGUUUAGUGGUGGUGCAAGUAUGUUUAUUAC